AUGCAAACUGUGCCUGAUGCCACAUCCACUUUCACCAAGCCAACCACCAUCCUCAUGUUUGAUUGCCUUUUCCCUUCCCUCUCUCUGUCUUUCUACCCCCAUAACUGUACCCUCCCCAUCGUCAGUGCCGAAACCCUCCCCGUCGCCAGUGCCAACACCCUCCCCAUUGCCAGUGCCAACACCCUCCCCAUUGCCAGUGCCAACACCCUCCCCGUCGCCAGUGCCAACACCCUCCCCGUCGCCAGUGCCAACACCCUCCCCGUCGCCAGUGCCAACACCCUCCCCGUCGCCAGUGCCAACACCCUCCCCGUCGCCAGUGCCAACACCCUCCCCGUCGCCAGUGCCAACACCCUCCCCAUCGCCAGUGCCAACACCCUCCCCAUCGCCAGUGCCAACACCCUCCCCGUCGCCAGUGCCAACACCCUCCCCAUCGCCAGUGCCAAACCCCUCUCCACCUCCUCCAACGUCAUCUCCCAAUGUCAAGCCGUCUUCUUGGUGAAGGAGAUGGCAAGCAAGCACCAUCCGCAUCUUGUGCGUCUGUUGGGCUAUUGCAUCGACAUCGACCUCUCCACACGACUCAUGGAGCAGAUCCUCGUUUACGAGUUCAUGCCCAACCACGACCUUGAGAGCUGGAUUGGUUCUGGUGUCUCCCAUCCUCUUUCGCUUCGUCAAAGGCUUGACGUUCUGAUUGGAGUGGCAAAGGGGUUGCAGUAUCUUCAUGACUUCGGCAUUGUGCAUCGCGACAUCAAACCUGCCAACAUUCUCCUUGAUGCAAAGAUGCAGGCCAAGAUUGCAGACUUUGGGCUUGUGAAGCUUAGUGGGGGCACUGCUAUGGGCACGUCUGUGGCUGCCACACGAGUGAUGGGAACACCGGGCUAUGUGGCCCCGUUGGUGGACUCCGGUGCUGUAUUGGCAUUCAAGGACCCUCACUUGGACGCACCAGAUGACUUGGUGCUGCGCUGGGCUCGCCUUGCCCUCUCCUGCACGGCCAUGCCUGCAGCCUCCCGCCCCUCCAUGAAUCAAGUGCUUUGGGAGCUGGUGAAGUUGAAGCAGGAGGCGUCCGGAGCACAUGAGGGCCAUGUGGGCGAGGCCAAAUCUCGCAUUGACAUGGAGCUUGGGAGCUCCAUUGGCUCCUCCAGCUUCACUGCUGAAAUGGCCCGUGCGGAGCGCGAGGGGGGCAUGCCAAGUGGCUCUUCCACGUAA